AUGGACGGAGACCUCAACCUUUCACAGGCCCUCGGUGGCCUUCGGAUCGCGAACCAGACAGACGACUCGCCGCCUCCGUCACCAGGCCCUUCUCCCGCAUACCCAUCGCACAACAAUGAUGCCGCAUCGUCACAAUCGCAGAUUUACAUACCCGAUCUUCAAUCGCUAGAAUCAAAUGCGUUACACGGGUCGCCGCCGCCGACAGGGGCGCUCGGAGGAGGGGGAGGGGGAACGUCUGCGAACGACAGCCAGCAGCAACAACAUUCCAUGAGCUUUCAUUCACAGUCCAACAUGCCUUUGCAACAGCAGAAUAGCUAUGGACCCUCCCAACCACGCGCCACCUACCCGCCGCCAUCCGCCCCUUCGUCGAGACACUCGACUCAAUUCAUACCCAGCUACAAUGGUACAUCCAGCCCUUUCCCGCCGUCAACACCGGGUGGAUCGGCGGCAAAUCAGAUCUACUCGCCCGAGUAUACUCGGAUAUCGCGCGAACCGUCACGUUCAUCGCUGUCGGGGCCUCCGGGUAGUUCGAGUUCAGGCCCGCGAGUUGCCGCCAGGGACCGGUCCAAUACGGAUAGAACCUAUCGACAGCCCAACGCUGCAGGUCCGUCUCCCUUCCAUGAGGAAUAUGGCGCUGCCGGGGGCUCGACUGGGACCCGUUAUGAUGCGGAACACGGGAUUCCGGCGAGCAGCGCGGAGUGGCAAGAGAAAGGCGCUGCCGUUGCUAUCAGAAAGGAAGCCGAUGCUAACGGUAACGUCGUUACCUGGGUAGUGAAGAAAGGUGUCAAGGACUUCAAUUUUGGGCGGACAUUGGGGGAAGGGAGCUACAGUACCGUCCUGGCAGCUACAGAUCGGACAACAUUGAAGGAAUACGCGAUUAAAGUACUCGACAAGCGGCACAUCAUCAAGGAAGAGAAAGUGAAAUACGUAAAUAUAGAGAAGAAUACUCUGAAUAGACUUGGAGAGCACCCUGGAGUCGUUCGACUGUAUUAUACCUUCCAGGACGAGCGGAGUCUAUACUUUGUGUUGGAUCUAGCGACCGGGGGAGAGCUACUAGGAACUCUGAAACGGUUAGGAACAUUCGACGAGGAAUGUACAAGAUUCUACGCAGCGCAGAUCCUGGACACAAUCGAAUACAUGCACACGAGGGGUGUGAUUCACCGAGACUUGAAGCCGGAAAACGUACUUCUAGACGACAGAAUGCACAUCAAGAUCACAGAUUUCGGGACUGCAAAAAUACUGGACCCUCCCAAACGACCACCUCAGGAUGGGGAGCCGGCCGGCGAUCCAAUGGGAGAAGUCGAAGAAACAAGGGCGAACUCCUUUGUAGGAACGGCGGAAUACGUGUCGCCCGAACUUCUAAACGACAAGUCAACCUGCAAGUCAUCUGAUCUGUGGGCAUUCGGCUGUAUGGUUUUCCAGCUGCUGGCCGGUCGGCCCCCCUUCAAAGGCAGUCACGAGUACCAAACGUUUCAAAAGAUUGUCAAUUUGGAGUAUGAGUUCCCGAAAGGCUUCCCCCCGGUGGCUAAAGAUCUCGUCGAGCGGCUGUUGGUGCUGGACCCUGCGAAGCGACUCAGCAUCGAGCACAUCAAGAGCCAUCCGUUUUUCGAGGGUGUGGAAUGGGGGCGAAAGCUCUGGAGACAGAAGGCUCCACGGCUAAAGCCCUAUGUACCACCACCGGAGGAAACCAAAAUUAUAAAACUCGGCGGCGAUUCUUCUUCCAUUGGAGCAAGGAACGGCGCUGCCGCAUUAAACGGAAGACCUGCUGCGCCUCCGCGGGUCAUAACCGAAUUACCACCCCCUAGCCAGCUGGACAUAGAAUGGUCACCCGUGCUUACCCGGUCAAACGAGCGAAUAUUGAAACUCGGGAAUGCAACUGUGCAAACAAGCCCUGCUCCGCAUUCUCCGGACGGCAAGGUAAAUUCACAGGAUGCACCCAAGAAAUUUUCUAGGUUUUUCGGUGGGAGUGCCACGAAAAAGCGGCAACGACUGGUGAUGGUGACGAGUGCUGCGAGGGUUAUAAUUGCCGCCGCUGGAGGUGACGACAAGAAGCCAAAGACCGAGAUUAGUCUUCAGGGACUUGGUGUGGUCGUCAGGAAAGUCGGCGGUGAUGGCACAAUGUGGGCGAUCGAUACGCGCGACAAAUGUUACACAUUUGAAGACCCAAAAACUCCCGCCAGCGAAUGGCUCGAGCAGAUUGACCGCGCCCGAGACAUCGCAUCGGUCAGCUACCCACCAGAUGACGGCGGAUUCAUGUCGAGUGCUCUCUCGAGCCCAUCGUCAACCAUCACCCUCGACGCGGCAGCCAACGGGCACCACCAUCACCACCCUGGAGGCAGAGGUAGUGAUGGGCAAUCUGAACGAUCCAACAAACGGUUCUCAAAGAGGUCGUCGAGACAUGGCCUCGCUGCGGUGUUUUGA